UAACCCCGCAAAACCUCAAGACGUUCUUUACAAUACCGACACCACGUCGCGACUUAUUACCAGAGCGCUCUGGCUGCGCCGAACGCCGUUUAGACCAAGCUCACGCCUUUCAAUAGCCAGAAUGGCCACCAAUUCCGGGGCAACCAACCCAAUCGCUGAGCAGGCAGGCCCAACUAGCCUCGCUGCGUCUGGAAACGAUGCGGCCAGCAAGACUGGAGCGCCUGCAGCUGGUGCCGAGGGAACAAAAGUGAAGAGCGAAAAAGAACUCGAGAGAGAACGCAAGAAGGCUGAAAAACAAGCCAAAUUCGACGCAAAGAAAAAGGGGUCUGCCACUGCUCCUGCUGCUGCACUUUCGAGCAAGAGCAAGGAAAAGAAGGCCAAGGCCGCCGAGAAGGCUGCGGAGGAGACUCUCCCCGAAUAUGUAGAGGAUACACCGUUCGGAGAGAAGAAGAUCCUGAAGUCAUUCGACGACCCUCAGUAUAAAGCAUACAACCCGAUAGCCGUCGAGUCGGCCUGGUAUUCUUGGUGGGAGAAGGAAGGCUUCUUCAAGCCCGAAUUCACCGCGGAUGGCGAAAUCAAACCGGAGGGAAAGUUCGUUAUCGUGGAGCCACCUCCAAACGUAACGGGCAUGCUCCACAUCGGACACGCCCUCGCAAACGCUCUGCAGGAUGUCAUGAUCAGAUGGAACCGUAUGCAGGGCAAGACCACACUUUGGCUUCCAGGAUGCGACCACGCUGGUAUUUCCACACAAAGCGUUGUAGAGAAGACUCUUUACCGCAAAGAAGGCAAAACUCGCCAUGAUCUUGGGAGAGAAAAGUUCGUCGAAACUGUGUGGGAGUGGAAAGGAGAGUAUCACCAGAAGAUCAAUGCCGUCUUGAGGAAGAUGGGAGGAUCAUUCGACUGGACUCGCGAGGCCUUCACCAUGGAUGAGAACCUUUCAGCUGCUGUUACGGAAACAUUCUGUAAACUGCAUGAAGAAGGCACCAUCUAUCGCGCUAACCGUCUCGUUAAUUGGUGCACACAACUCAAUACCGCUCUAUCCAAUUUAGAGGUGGAGAACAAGGAGCUCACCGGCCGCACUCUCCUUGACGUUCCAGGUUACGAGAAGAAAAUCGAGUUUGGUGUCAUUAUUCACUUCAAGUACCCAAUUGAGGGAACUGAAGAAACUAUUGAAGUGGCUACUACGCGUAUCGAGACUAUGCUUGGUGAUACCGGCAUUGCUGUACACCCAGACGAUGAGAGAUAUAAGCACCUUGUCGGCAAGAACGCUGUUCACCCCUUUAUCAAGGGCCGCCUCCUUCCAAUUUUCGCAGAUACAUAUGUUGAGAAGGAUUUCGGAACUGGCGCUGUCAAGGUGACCCCUGCUCACGACCCCAACGAUUUUACUUUGGGUAAGAACCACAACCUUGAAUUCAUCAACAUCUUGAACGACAAUGGAACUUUCAAUGAGAACGGAGGCCCCUACGAAGGCCAGAAGCGAUUUGACGUACGAUAUACGAUUCAAGAUGACCUGAAGGCCCUCGGCCUGUUCGUCGAUAAGAAAGACAAUGCUAUGAAGGUGCCGUUAUGCGAGAAGUCAAAGGACGUAAUCGAGCCGUUGUUGAAACCACAAUGGUGGAUGAAGAUGAAGGAUCUUGCUGCCGAGGCUGUCAAGGUUGUCAAGAACGGAGAAAUCAAAAUCCUCCCAGAAUCUGCCGAGAAGAGCUAUUAUAGAUGGAUGGAAGAGCCACAAGAUUGGUGUUUGUCAAGACAGCUCUGGUGGGGUCACCAGAUCCCAAUUUACUAUGCCCAAGUCGACGGGGAUAAUUCCUAUGAUGCUGAUGAAAACCUUUGGUUCGCUGGGCGCACGGAAGAGGAGGCGCUGGAGAAGGCACGCAAGGCACUGCCUGGCAAGACUUUUACACUUAAGAGAGACGAGGAUGUCUUGGACACAUGGUUUUCGUCCGGUUUAUGGCCAUUCUCUACUCUCGGAUGGCCGAACGCAACCCACGACCUCGAGAAGCUAUACCCUACUUCGAUGUUGGAGACCGGAUGGGACAUUCUGUUCUUCUGGGUUGCCCGCAUGAUCUUCCUUGGGAAGAAAUUGACCGGAAAGGUUCCUUUCACAGAAGUGUACUGCCAUUCACUUGUCCGUGACUCUGAGGGGCGCAAGAUGUCGAAGUCGUUAGGUAACGUUAUUGAUCCGCAAGAUAUUAUCCACGGUAUUUCUCUGCAAGACUUGCACGCCAAGCUCCUGUCAGGUAACCUGAAUCCAAAUGAGGUUGAGAAGGCAACAAAGUACCAGAAGACAUCCUUCCCAGACGGAAUCCCGCAGUGUGGCACUGACGCCCUGCGUUUUGCUUUGGUCUCCUACACCACAGGCGGUGGCGACAUUGCCUUUGAUAUCAAGGUCAUCUACGGUUACCGCAAGUUUUGCAACAAGAUCUACCAGGCCACCAAGUAUGUCCUUGGCAACCUUCCCGCCGAUUUCGUUCCACAGAAGAGCGCAAAGAAGACUGGCAAGGAGUCUUUGGCUGAGAAGUGGGUCCUGCACAAGUUCACCAACGCGUCCAAGGACAUCAACAGAGCUCUGGAAGAGCGCGAGUUCAUGCGUUCGACAAACAUUGUCUACCAUUACUGGUACCAGAGUCUGUGCGAUGUUUUCAUUGAGAACUCGAAGGCCAUCAUCCAAAGUGGUACUGAUGAGGAGAAGCUCUCCGCCCUGAACACCUUGUACACCGCCCUUGAGGGUGCUCUUACCAUGAUUCACCCCUACAUGCCUUUCCUUACUGAGGAACUCUGGCAGCGUCUCCCACGCCGCCAGGAUGACACGACUCCUUCCAUUGUCAAGGCCGCGUACCCCGUGUACGAUGCUGAGAUGGAUGACCCAGCGUCUGAGGAAGCCUACGAGCUUGUCCUGGGUGUCUCCAAGGGAAUUAGGUCCUUGAUGUCCGAGUACUCUCUCAAGGACGAAGCCGAAGUCUACAUCCAAGCCUUCGACUCCACCUCCCAAUCCACCGUCACCGCCCAGACGCAGUCCAUCAAGUCCCUCUGUGGCAAGGGUGUAUCCACCGUCCAGAUCCUCGGCGCCUCUGACUCCCGCCCCGCCGGCUGCGUCCCCUUCUCCGUCUCCGCCGCAGCCGUCGUCUACGUCCGCGUCACCGGCCGCGUCGACAUCGACAAUGAGAUCGCGAAGGCGAACAAGAAGCUCCAGAAGACUCACCAGGGUAUCGAGAAGCAGCGCAAGAUCCUCGAUGACCCAGACUACAAGGCCAAGGUCAGCGAGGCGCUCCAGGAGGUCGAGCGCAAGAGAUUGGCGGACUUGGAGGCUGAGCAGCGUGGGUUUGAGGAGACGAUUAAGCAGUUUGAGCAGCUUAAGUUGGAGUAGACCUCCCCUGUGAGGGGGGUCGUCGUCCUGGAAGUAUAAGGAGAUAUGUUGAUGUCAUGUCAGCUUUUGAAAGACGCUACAGAUGAGGAUAGGUCGUAAAAUUAGAUCCUUUGUGUUAAUACAAUAAAGAUAUCUACCA